AUGUCUACCGAACAGACUUUCAUCGCUAUCAAGCCAGAUGGUGUCCAGCGUGGUCUCGUUGGCCCAAUCAUCAGCCGCUUCGAGUCUCGCGGAUUCAAACUCGUUGCCAUGAAGCUCGUCACUCCAUCCAAGGAGCACCUCGAGACCCACUAUGCUGAUCUCUCCAGCAAGCCUUUCUUCAAGGGACUCGUCACCUACAUGCUCAGCGGACCAAUCUGCGCCAUGGUCUGGGAGGGCCGUGAUGCCGUCAAGACUGGCCGUACCAUCCUCGGUGCCACCAACCCCCUUGACUCUGCCCCAGGUACCAUCCGCGGUGACUAUGCCAUUGAUGUCGGCCGCAACGUCUGCCACGGCUCCGACAGCGUCGAGAACGCCAAGAAGGAGAUCGCUCUUUGGUUCAAGGAGGGCGAGGUCCUCAACUAUAAACACAGCCAAUUCGACUGGAUCUACGAGAAGCCAUAG